AUGGAAGAAAAAGAUAAAAUAAAUUUAUCCGAGGUUUAUGAAGAAUUAUUUGGGUUAUUGCGUGAUAAAAGAGCAGAAGUAAUUAAAGGAAGUAUAGAGUUACUUCUUGACCAAAGCGAAACCGAAUCUUUAUCAGAAUAUUUACUAAAUAAUUCCAAAUAUUUUAGAAGUAUUCUACUACUUAUUGGAAGCGACAUUUUUGGUAUAUCAGAAUGUGCUUUAAAAAUUUUGAUAAAUUUGUCUCAAAAUACAAAAAUUGGAGAAGAUUUGUGCAGUAGUUGGAGUGCAAUUGAAUAUUCAAUGGAUAAUCUAAGAGAACAGAUCAAAUCAAAUUCAACUGUACCAUAUCAUUUAUCUUUAAACUUGAUGCUAAUUUCUAAUUUGACACGUUAUUCAAAGGGAAGAGAAAAAUUAUUUAUUAAGGCUAAACAAAGUAAUGGUUUUUAUCUAUCCUAUUUUAUUGAAUGUUUGUCUAACCCCAGGGACAAAAAAGAAAAAGAGAUGGUUAUCAAUAUUAUUAAUAAUUGCACAAGUUGUGCCCAAGGAAGAAUAUUUUUUUUUGAAAAUGAUUUAGGUAUUGAGAUAUUGAACAAAAUUUCGGAUUUGACACUUAGCUCGAGAAAGAAUAAUUUGGAAAUAACCCAAAGUAUGAUCAGCAUUAUUGCACAUGUUUGCGUAGAUAGAAAUAUGCACUCAAUAAUAUCAAAUAAAGAUUGUAUUAUUAUCCCAGUAUUAUGUUGUUUAGUUUACCCUGGCGAAGAUUACAGAUAUUUAAGGAAUAGAAAGAGUAGUAAUAUAUUGUCCAAGCUCCAAAAUAAGACGAUAUUUUUCUCUUCAAAACAUGAAGAUACAUACUUAGAUGAUAAUUCGUUCAGUGAGUUUGAUAAUAAGAAUUUAGACAUAAGAGAUGGAGUAAAUGAUGAUGAAUCUGUAGAUUGUACUAAGGAAGACAUAGUUUCAGAGUUUAUCAAAAAAAAUGCAGUUGGCCCCAUUAAUAAAAAUAUAUCUCAAGACAUAUUUGACUGUAUAUUGGUAUUAUCAUCAACAGCUAACGGGAGAAAUUCCCUCCGAGAACUAGGUGCAUAUGAAGUUUUGAGAGUAUGGCAUUUAUAUGAGUCAAAAAAUGAGAUAAUAAGUGGAAUUGAAGAUAUAAUACACUUAUUGGUAUACUCUGAAGAUGAGCUCUUAGAACAAGAUAAUAGCCAUGUUAAUAAAUAG